AUAUCGUCGGGAUCAUUCAAUGCACCAGGUCUAUAGUAAGCCCGUGCAUGAAAGCUUGAGCUUCAGCUAAUAUUCAUUGCAAUCCAGCUCUCAGAGCGAGCUCUCUCCACAGAUUGAACGUGCUUCUCAUGCCUAUUUGCACCAACUGCAGUCAUCCUACACCGUACUUGUAUACGGUGUACAAUACUGCUAACAAUCUAAGGCUAGAACAGUGCACCCAAUGUCAUGAAUUUGCGGAUCCUUACGUCGAACAUGAUACUCUGACCCUCAUUCUGGACUUGAUGCUUCUGAAGCGCAACGUGUAUCGACACCUUCUGUUCAACCGUGGGUCUGGCGUGCGGAGAAUCGGGCAUUCCGAGCCGCACCAGUCGACACCCCAUUCCACUAUACCUGGUGGACAUGAAAACAAGCUCAGGGUUCCCUCAGCGAAUGAAGAAAAGGCCGAAUCAGCGAGAACAAAGGCCCGAUGGACCCAUAUCUUGAAGCUCGGUACCGCGCUCAUCAUUGUUGACGCAUUUAUCCGUUGGACCCACCUGGGUGUAAGCCAACCUUUCGACCCUUCUCAACUCGGUAUUACCUCAUGGAACAGGGCUGCGAUCGAAAGUUUCAUACGUACUCUUGUGGGCUGUUUCAUCGAAACAAUCGCCUUCCAUGCAGGUGUCACUCUAGCUUGCUUUAUCCUCCUGAAAUCUUUGAAUUGGGUCCGACAGUGGAGAAAGAGUGGUGUCUCCAAUGAUGCGAAUACAUUAUCUGGAGUUCAACAAGAAUUUAGAUAUUCACACGUUCCGCUAACUUUACUCUAUUCAUCUCUGACCAAGCUGUUUCUCUUAUUCCUACUUUCUAUCUGGCGUCCCGAUGCACCUUCGGAGUCGGCACGGCCAUUACCUCCGGAAUACAAUGUAACAAGCUUGUUCUCAAACCCGGUGAUCAUUGGUGCAUUCGAAAUUCUGGAUGAAGACAAUUUAGACAGAGAGUGGAUCGUUCGCAAUGUUCUAGGCGGAAUGGCUGCCGGGUUUGGUCUUCGAGUUGUUCUGGAUUGUCAUCCAGCGUUUACAACAAUGGUUGUCCUUGUAGGCUGGGCGGUUAAGACAACCGUGGCUAAACUAGUCAGUGAAUGGGUCAUGGCAGGAAUAGAUGAAAGGAUGGCCGGAGAAAUAUGGCUAGCUUACAGUAUCCCUUAGUUUGCGUACUCAGUGCGGUGAGUCGUAUCUCUCAGCCGUAGGUCUCGUCCAUAGACAACUAUCAUUAUCGACGUAUCUCACGGAGAAAGUGUAUUCGAGGAGAACGGCUUUACCAAGAACGUGCGCGGAACGCCACCAGAAGCCUUUGGGCUUCGCCGUCAGAAGACGAACGGGAAGAUAACCUUCCGGUUCUUAGGAUACUUAU